UCGAUUUUGCUUUACAAGUCAAGUUUUAAUUUGUUCUAGCCAGAUAAUUUAUUGUUAUUGCGUUUAGAGUAACUGCGUAAACAUUGUGCAAUACUUCCAAUUAUCGUGUUUUUGUGUGGUUGUUGUUGUUUUUGUUUUUUGUUGUUUUUUUUUUUCAUAUUAAGAAAAGAUAUGAAGAUAAAUUAUAUAUUCAACUAAACGAGAAUGCAAAAAUAGAAAUUUCUAUUGCAGUGGUUGAUAUAAAUACCAAAGCAACUAGUUAUACUUAUUGUAGUGGAUUUUGGAUAUCUCUGAUGUAUAAUUCAAACAGCUAGACUUGCACAUGUGGUGAUUAAUUUUAAAAUGUUGUGCACGUGAAAUGUGACAAUUAUGGCGUCUCUAGUGACAGGAGAAAAGGAUGUGGUGCUUCUUAAAGCGGGAUGGACAUUUAGACAAAAACCGUUGUUUAAACGUUGGAAGAAGACCUGGCUAGUUGUCAGUCUGGGGGGAAACCUGAAAUAUUUUAGCAGUAAAAGAAGUUCGAGACCACAGAAAACAUGGAAUUUAAAAACGGAUCUGGUCGUCAUCAAAUUUGGGAAACAGUGCCGGACAUUGUUACCCCCAGCAGAUGUUGAUACGAACUGUUUAUUUGAGCUACAUUUCACUGGAGGGAGGAAACUGAGCCUGUGUGCUAAAGAUAUUGAUAGUGCAAAAUUAUGGAUGCAGGCAUUGUCCAGAGCCCAGUCAGACAAGGAGCUGCCAACUCCAAAAUAUUCUCGCAAAAAUAGAACAAAAGAGGAUGAAUUGAAGGAAGAAAGCAUAAAGCAGAAUAAAAGACAAACACAACUAUGGUACCGCUUUUUAUGUUGCGGUGGUGGCAAUCAAGUAAAGAAUUUUACAACUCCAAGACCCCCAGAAACUAAAAGUUCCUGGACGUAGAUUUUACUUUAACCUGUGAACAUACGUGAAUAUAUGUGAACAUACGUGAAUAUAUGUGAAUAUGUGUGAACAUAUGUACAUUUGUGAACAUAGAUUCUAGGAAAUGGACUUCAUCAAAUGGUUAUGUUUAUAUAUACUUUACCCGUUCUCAUAUAUUUGAGAAUUCUU